AUGGACGUGGACGUGGACGUGGACGUGGACGUGGACGUGGACGUGGACGUGGACGUGGACAUGGACGUGGACGUGGACGUGGACGUGGAAAUGGACGUGGACGUGGACGUAGACGUGGACGUGGACAUGGACGUGGACGUAGACGUGGACGUAGACGUGGACGUGGACAUGGACGUGGACGUGGACAUGGACGUCGAGGACGUGGACGUGGACGUGGACGUGGACGUGGACGUGGAGAACUUGGACGUGGACAUGGACGUGAACGUGGACGUGGACGUAGACGUGGAGGACUUGGACGUGGACAUGGACGUGGACAUGGAGUGGACGUGGAUGGGACGUGGACUGGACGUGGACGUGGCCAUGGACGUGGACGUGGACGUGGACGUGGACGUGGACGUGGACGUAGACGUGGACGUGGACGUGGAGGACGUGGACGUGGACGUGGACGUGGAGAACUUGGACGUGGACGUGGACGUGAACGUGGACGUGGACGUGGAUGUGGAGGACUUGGACGUGGACAUGGACGUGGACGUGGACGUGGACAUGGACGUGGACGUGGACGUGGACGUGGACGUGGACGUGGACGUGGAGUGGACGUGGAUGGACGUGGACGUGGACGUGGACGUGGACGUGGAUGUGGACGUGGACGUGGACGUGGACGUGGACGUGGACCUGGACGUGGACGUGGACGUGGACGUGGACGUGGACGUGGACGUAGACGUAGACGUGGACGUAGACGUGGACGUGGACGUGGACGUGGACGUGGACGUGGACGUGGAGGACGUGGACGUGGACGUGGACGUGGACGUGGACGUGGACGUGGAGAACUUGGACGUGGACAUGGACGUGAACGUGGACGUGGACGUGGACGUGGAGGACUUGGACGUGGACAUGGACGACGUGGACGUGGACGUGGACGUGGACGUGGAGGACGUGGACGUGGACGUGGACGUGGAGAACUUGGACGUGGACAUGGAGGACUUGGACGUGGACAUGGACGUGGACAUGGACGUGGACAUGGACGUGGACGUGGACGUGGACGUGGACGUGGACGUGGACAUGGACGUGGACGUGGACGUGGACGUGGACGUGGACGUGGACGUGGACAUGGACCUGGACAUGGACGUGGACGUGGACGUGGACGUGGACAUGGACGUGGACGUGGACAUGGUCGUGGACGUGGACGUGGACGUGGACGUGGACAUGGACGUGGACGUGGACGUGGACGUGGACGUGGACGUGGACGUGGACAUGGACGUGGACAUGGACGUGGACGUGGACGUGGACAUGGACGUGGACGUGGACGUGGACGUGGACGUGGAGGACGUGGACGUGGACGUGGACGUGGACGUGGACGUGGAGAACUUGGACUUGGACAUGGACGUGAACGUGGACGUGGACGUGGACGUGGAGGACUUGGACGUGGACAUGGACGUGGACGUGGACGUGGACGUGGACGUGGACGUGGAGGACGUGGACGUGGACGUGGACGACGUGGACGUGGACGUGGACGUGGACGUGGACGUGGAGGACGUGGACGUGGAAAACUUGGACGUGGACAUGGACGUGAACGUGGACGUGGACGUGGACGUGGAGGACUUGGACGUGGACAUGGACGUGGACGUGGACGUGGACAUUGACGUGGACGUGGACGUGGACGUGGACGUGGACGUGGACGUGGACAUGGACGUGGACGUGGACGUGGACGUGGACGUGGACGUGGACAUGGACGUGGACGUGGACAUGGUCGUGGACGUGGACGUGGACGUGGACGUGGACGUGGACAUGAACGUGGACGUGAACAAGACGUGGACGUGA